ACGAAGGAGCACAUCCGGAGACCUAAACCAGACGUGACGGGCAAAGGGGAGCGCGAUGGCGGCGUCGCUGGGGCGGCUCAGAUCCGCCAUCUACGACAAGGAGGAGAGGAAGACGCAGUACCAGUCGCACAUCCGGGGGCUUAAUGCAUACGAUCGCCACAAGAAGUUCAUGAAUGACUAUGUUCAGUUUUAUGGCCAUGGGAAGAAUGUUGAUAACAGUUUACCAAUCAAAACUGAUAAAGAUACACUGAGAGAAGGAUACAGAUUUAUUCUUUCUGACGAAGAUGAUGUGGAUUCUACCUGGGGGAAGAGGCUAGUCAAGCGUUACUAUGACAAGCUUUUUAAGGAGUAUUGCAUUGCUGACAUGUCCCAGUAUAAAAAAGGCAAGAUUGGAUUGAGAUGGAGAACAGAAAAGGAAGUGAUAUCUGGAAAAGGGCAGUUUAUCUGCGGCAAUAGGAAGUGUGAUGAAAAUGUUGGGCUGGGUAGUUAUGAGGUGAACUUUUCUUAUAUCGAAGCAGGGGAGCAGAAACAAGCACUUGUGAAGUUGGUAGCUUGCAAGAGAUGUGCAGAAAAGCUUGCCCAUAAGAGGCAAAAAGAGAAAGAAAAGGAAAUGAAACUUUCUGCUGAAGAGGACCUGAAAGAAAGGGACAAGAGAAAGAGAGAACAUGACGACGAAAGUGAAGAUACCACAGAAGACGAAUCAUCAAAGAAACGUAGCAGAAAGAAAAAAGAUCUCAAAGGGACUUUGAACAGGAAAGUGGGCAACAAAGAUGACGACUUUGAGGAGUUUCUCGAAGGCAUGUUCCCGUGACCCGGCGAAAAAGAAAACUGGCACCAUAUGUUAAUAUUGAGCGUGAAGGCUGUUGAUAUUGAACAUGACUUAUAAUCUGUUGUUGCCUGGAAAUAUCAUAAGGUGUAUCACUCAGUUGUAUUUUUAUGCCUCCUGUAGUCUUGUA